GAUGCUUUAGCUGCUUGGCCAGCCAAUAAGAAACAAACAAACACACCAUGGAUCAUGAUAAAUAUGCAUUGCUACUCUAAUAAGGAACUAAGGAAGUCAGCAAAUGCAGGUGUUGUGUUUUUUUUUCUCUGCAUGGUCCUAGCUGUUUAAUUAACAACUAGAAUGCACACUAUAAAGGGAGGAAAAGGAGGCAGCUAACAUGAAAGUAUCUCACAAAGUCACAGCUAAUGUGCUAGUCAAUUUGUUCUCUCACACACUGAGAAAGAUGUUUUUUUUUUAGAACUGAGAAAGAGGUAAAGACUCCCUAUUAGGGGGUUGGGUACAAGUAUAGUAAAAUGAACAUGGUGAAAGGAGCUCACAAAAUGGUAGUUAGCCACCAAAUUUUUUCAAACAUUUAGACCAUCCAUGCAUAUGUUUAGAAACUUAUCUGGAUUGUUCCAGAUAUUCUUAAAAAUAUUCUUUUAAUACUAUGGUUGUACCAUAGCACAUAUAUCAUAACGCAAAGCUACAAAAAGGCAGUGACCAUCUAUCCUCUCAUGUUUGACUUAACAAACACGUACACAAAAACCCAAAAAAUGUGAAACAAGCAAGAACCGAAGGAGCUGCAAGCCACAUCAUGCCUUGCAUUGUCACCAACAAAUCAAUAAAUACCUUUCAAAAUAAAUAGACACCAGACAUAUUUUUGUGUCACUAGUAUAAUACAAGAAUAAAUGAAUAGACACCAGACCUAUUAUUGUGUGACUGGUAUAAUGUAUUUAUAUCCACACCAACAUGAUAGAGAGUACACGUUACACGUACUUUGUUUUGGUCUCAUCUGAAGUCUGAAAUCUGAAGCAAAUAAACAAAGAAUUGCAGAGAAGAAAAAAUGUGCUCUCUUUGUGUUGACCACUUAGCUCAUCCAUGGAGAUAAGCCCAGAGGAUGCGUACAAAGCUUCUCUCCUCCGUUGAGCUGUAUCCAUGGUUGUUAUUGCAAAUUUAACAACUCCUUGUCACCAUUGCACACAGCCAAAAACGCCCCUGUAUUCCUGUACAGAAAACAUGCACAAACUGUAUUUUAUUUCUUCAGCAUGUGCUCUGCUUCUGUAUUUUCGUCAGGGAGAAAUGUCUGACCUUUGGAGAGAGGCUCAGUGUUUGGAGACUGUCAUUUGCACUGUUUUAUCCAAUUUGGAGAUAGUGGUAUGCUACUGUCUACUACCAUUGUUAGUAGUACUGUACUGUUUUAGAGUCUUGGACCAUAAAUAUCUUACGAGUUUAUAAGUCUCCCAAGAUCUUUUUGCCGUUUACUCUUCACUGUAGUGUCCAGUUGUCCACUCCACUAUUGCAUCAGCUAAUCGAAAUCGACAAUGGUGUGCAACCUAGUGCCUACCAUUACAUAGUCUCAAAGAAAGUGUACAAUUAUUUCAGUAAAGGACAGAUCAGAAAAGAAAGAACAUAAAUACCAGCCAUCUGCAAAAGUUAUUACAACUACAAUUUUAUAAUAACUUCUUUAAUUUCUCUCUGCAUGGCUUACAUUACAUUGUACACUCUGUAUUCCUUGUGGUUGCGGCUAUAAAUAGGAGAGCACAAGAGUUGUAGCUUCCCUUGUCUUGCUCAAGUGUUCAAUUUUUUGUGUGCGUUUUUCAGCUCGUGUGUGAUUGAGAAGUACACAAGGAGAAGAAGGAGAAGACGACGCAGCUGCCAUGGGAGAAGAGAAGCAGAAUGACGAGAGGAAGAACAAGUACGCCGUCGGGUGCUCCAUCAUCGGCUCCAUCAUCUCGGUCCUCAUGGGCUAUGACACUGGUGUGAUGAGUGGGGCGAUGCUGUUCAUCAAGGAGGACCUGAAGACGAACGACACGCAGGUGCAGGUCCUCGCCGGGAUCCUCAACGUGUGCGCGCUCGUCGGCUCCCUCACCGCCGGCCGCGUCUCCGACUGCGUCGGCCGCCGCCUCACCAUCUCCCUCGCCGCCUGCAUCUUCCUCGUGGGCUCCGUCCUCAUGGGCCUCGCGCCCAACUUCGCCACGCUCCUCGCCGGCCGCUGCGUCGCCGGCGUCGGCGUCGGCUACGCGCUCAUGAUUGCGCCGGUGUACGCCGCCGAGAUCGCCUCCGCCGACAUCCGCGGCUCGCUCACCUCGCUCCCGGAGAUCUGCAUCAGCUUCGGGAUACUCAUCGGCUACGUGGCCAACUACCUGCUCGCCAAGCUGCCGCUGGUGUACGGGUGGCGCGCCAUGCUCGGCCUCGGCGCGCUCCCGAGCGCCGCGCUCGCGCUCGGCGUGCUCGCCAUGCCCGAGUCCCCGCGGUGGCUCGUCGUCCAGGGCCGCGCCGAGGAGGCGCUCUCCGUGCUCCGCCGCGUGUGCGACAGGCCCAGCGAGGCCGACGCGCGGCUCGCGGAGAUCAAGGCCGCGGCGGGGCUCGCCGACGACGACGGCGCCGCCGCCAACGCGGGCAGCGGCGGCAAGGGCGUGUGGAGGGAGCUGUUCCUGCACCCGACGCCGCCGGUGCGGCGCAUCGUCAUCGCCGCCCUGGGGAUCCACUUCUUCCAGCACCUCACCGGCAUCGAGGCCGUGGUGCUCUACAGCCCGCGCAUCUUCAAGGCGGCCGGCAUCGCCAGCCGCAACUCGGUGCUCGCUGCGACCAUCGGCGUGGGCGUCACCAAGACGGCGUUCAUCCUCACCGCCAUCCUCCUCGUCGACCGCAUAGGCCGGCGGCCGCUCUACCUGUCAAGCCUCGCCGGCAUCAUCGCCUCGCUCGCCUGCCUCGGCAUGGGCCUCACCGUCAUCGAGCGGUCGCCGCCGCACCACUCGCCGGCGUGGGCCGUCGUGCUCGCCAUCGCCACCGUGUUCACCUUCGUCGCCUCCUUCUCCAUCGGCGUCGGGCCGAUCACCUGGGCCUACAGCUCGGAGGUGUACCCGCUCCGCCUCCGCGCGCAGGGCGCCAGCGUCGGCGUCGCCAUCAACCGCGUGAUGAACGCCGGCGUGUCCAUGACGUUCGUGUCGCUCUACAAGGCCAUCACCAUCGGCGGCGCCUUCUUCCUCUUCGCCGGGCUCGCCGUCGCCGCCGCCACGUUCUUCUACCUCCUGUGCCCGGAGACGCAGGGCAAGCCGCUGGAGGAGAUCGAGGAGGUGUUCAGCCAGGGGUGGCGCGCGCGGCGCCGGGCGUCGGCGGCGGCCGUCGAGAUGCCGGCCUCCGGCGGCGGCGGCGGCGGCGGCGCCCCGAUGGCGUAGUGCGAAGUGCACCGCGGUGCGCGUGCGUGAACAAAGUGCAACGCACGCGUGUGGAUGACGUGGAAGUGUUUGUCACUUGGGGAAAAGAACGAAUAUUCGCUAGCUAGCUAGUGGUACAGAUGGCUAGAGAUUGAAAUGGAAGGGACCUGAUACUACUACUGUUGCAUUUGUAGGAAACGACUACUAGCUAACAAUGUCAUUCUGGUGUCGUGUGGUGUUUAGAAAAAACAAAAUCGUUGAAAUACAGUAAAAAAAAUUAAGAAAAUAAAAAUUUGUGCUACAGCAAUGGUAAUAGUCAUCGGGUGUCAAGAACAAAAAAAGCAUUUCAUACCGUAUAAUUACAGGUGGACAAGGAAUGGACCAGCAUGUCCCUCAAUGCGGCUCAAAUAGUCACAUUAUUUACUGAAUUUUUGUCGGACAUACUCCAGGCCAAUAAUUCUGGAAACAUUG